AUGCCUUGUAAAGCUGAAGGGCUGGUCCUGACUGUGGACCCGAACGUCAUCCACAAGGUCGAUACCAACAACCCCCAGAACCUUUUCAGCAUGUGGACUGUUUUCUCCAGAUGUGCAGACUCAGUCGAGCAAGGUCGAAGGUUAGAAAAUCUCAGUUGGCGAUUAUGGAAUAGAGAGACCUUCUGCUGCGAAGCUAAGGAAUUAUCUGCUGCCUCCGCCACCACACUACCGAAAGAUAUCCCCGCCCAGCAACAAAUACUAUCAGACGUCCCUCAGCUAUCGGGAAGCGUCGAUUCCGUCGCCGACGAAGAAGCAAUCGAUUUCACAACUAUUUCCGACCCUAUGGAAAUUGUUCGCCCUCGAAUUGUCCGACAAGACUCUUGUGCUAGCAGCCGAAGCAGGGGCCGUGAACGUCAUAUCACCUCGGACCACCUCGAGAAGAUGGUAGUUUCUAUUAUCCAGGAGAAGGAGCCGAACCUAGCACCAUUGCCCGCAAUGAGCUCUCCUUCGCUCGAGUCAUCAGCUGCUUCUCAAUCCUCUUGCUUAGAAGCAGAACAGACCCCCGCGACUCAGAUUAGCGAGUCUGAGUGCGAGUCAGUAAAUGCGCCGUCCUCGCCGCAUCCGAAGUCUAUAGAAACACCUGCAACCACCGUGAUCCGAGGUUUCUCGCCGUCGCAGAUCCCGUCGUUCCGUGUAUCUCACGAACCCAAGUUGGCUGUGCAAGACCCAAUUCCGGAGCCUCAGUCGUCUCCCGCUCCUAAGCCAGUGCAGCUUAAGAAGCAGCCUGCGAAGUUCAAGUUUGGCGACUCCUCUAGCAACGAGUCCUCGCCUCAAAGUGUAGAGGCUCGCAAGGCCAUGCCCCCACCCCCGGCCCCUAAGAGGCCUAUGUUCGAGGUUGGUGUCGGAUCAUCUGGAGAAGACGAUAGUCCUUCUCUGAAGAGUGCUAUGCACUCUUCUCGACCGGGCUCCAUGCUUAACUGCCAGAAGAAGCAAACCUCGUUCAACAACCACGUUACAAUGAGGACAAUCCAAACACCUAGCGAUCACUCUGACAGCUACAUGGAUGAAAGCGCUAUUGAUGACGACGAGGAUGAUUCUGAGUGGGAAGAUUCUAUUGAGGAGAGUGGCAAGUCUAGCGUAGAUGAUGCAGUCACAUUCAAGCGGGUACCAUCAAAGGCGAAUCUUACUUCUCAAAGAUCACUGAUUAGCCUUAUGUUCGCUGGACAGGAGGAACGAGCCAAGGGUCUUAGCAACUACGCGUCGCACUCGACGCCUGCUAUUCCCCAACGCGCGCGAGCACUUCAAGCCACUUCAAACAUGAAUGUGGUGUCCUCUCCCAACGAUUCCGAUAAUGACCUCGAGAUGCGCAGAGGUCUACGACCUACGCCACUUAAACCAAUUAACGAAGUCACGAGAACCGGCGCUCAGCCCAUCAUGGUCAACCCUCCGACCCACUACCACCAAGCCGCGCUAUCACCUAGGACAACCCGAAGGAACAUGUUGGCCACAGAAUUGACAGAGUCGCUACGCCGCCGUCAGCUUCUGUGGGAGCGACAGCAAAAGUCGUCUACCGCUAAUGCCGUGUUAAAAAGGCGACAUACCUCCCUCGACGUGGCCAACUUGAAGCAAUAUCCCGAAAAGGCCUACAUGAGCAAGGGUCAAGAAGAGCCCAACUCGAGCAGCUGGAACCAAUACUUCUCUCGCGAAGAUUUCGGCGGCUACCACACCCAGGGUUGGUAA